UCAAAACAGAGUUAAUAUAAAGAAAGAAAAGAAAGUUGGCUUUUCCUAUAAAUACACAUCCAAUGAGCAAUGGGGAAUGGGCUAUAGCCAAUACUAUCAUAUUCCUUCUCUAUCUACCUUUCUAUUCCCCCUCUCAUGUUUGAAUGCAGUUUGUGAACAAAUCAGGAAAGCCAGAGUAGAUUAAACUAGUAAGUGCAAGUCUUAUUACUCAAUCAAAAGUAGCAUUACUAAUAAUAGCAAAGAAGUAAGAGGAAGUGUUUUAUACAAAAUGGGUAAGAAUACCAUACAUUGGGUAACAAUAUUGGUAGCAAUAUGGUAUUAUACAUCAAUAACAAAUGCAGAGUACCUAAAAUAUAAAGAUCCAAAGAAGCCAAUUGGUGCUAGAGUUAAGGAUCUUCUUAGCCGAAUGACCCUUGAGGAAAAGAUUGGUCAAAUGGUUCAAAUUGAAAGAAGUGUUGCUUCUCAACAAGUCAUGAAGAACUACUACAUUGGGAGUGUUCUAAGUGGAGGAGGAAGUGUUCCUAGUGAGAAAGCAUCAGCAGAAACAUGGAUCGAUAUGGUUAAUGAGUUCCAAAAAGGAUCUUUAUCAACUCGACUUGGCAUUCCUAUGAUUUAUGGGAUUGAUGCGGUUCAUGGUCAUAAUAAUGUCUAUAAGGCUACCGUUUUUCCUCACAAUGUGGGUUUAGGAGCUACUAGGGAUCCAGAGCUUGUAAAGAGAGUUGGUGCAGCAACUGCUUUAGAAGUUAGAGCUACCGGCAUUCCCUACGUUUUCGCUCCUUGUAUAGCGGUUUGUAGAGAUCCAAGAUGGGGAAGGUGUUAUGAGAGUUACAGUGAAGACCCAAAGAUAGUACAAGAAAUGACUCAAAUAAUACCAGGUUUACAAGGUGAAAUCCCAAAAAGCUAUAGAAAGGGUGUUCCAUAUGUGGCUGGACAGAAGAACGUAGCCGCUUGUGCUAAACACUAUGUAGGAGAUGGUGGUACAACCAAGGGGAUCAACGAGAAUAAUACUGUGAUUGAUUUCCAUGGUUUACUAAGCAUUCACAUGCCUGGCUAUUAUAAUGCAAUCAUCAAUGGUGUAUCCACUGUCAUGGUCUCUUACUCAAGCUGGAAUGGUGUUAAAAUGCACUCCAAUUAUGGUCUCAUUACCGGUUUCCUUAAGAAUACAUUGAAAUUCAGGGGUUUCGUGAUCUCGGACUGGCAAGGCAUUGACAGGAUUACAUCACCACCUCAUACAAACUAUUCAAACUCCGUAAGACUUGGAAUUCAAGCUGGGAUUGAUAUGAUAAUGGUUCCUUACAACUAUACAGAAUUUAUUGAUGAUCUUACAUACCAUGUGAAGAACAAAAACAUCCCAAUGAGCAGAAUUGAUGAUGCAGUUAAAAGAAUUCUAAGGGUCAAAUUUGAGAUGGGUAUAUUUGAAUACCCAUUAGCUGAUACAAGUCUUAUCCACCAGCUUGGAAGCCAGGAACACCGGGAAAUAGCAAGAGAAGCUGUGAGGAAAUCGCUGGUAUUGUUGAAGAAUGGCGAGGCUGGGGAUAAGCCAAUGGUACCACUUCCAAAGAAAGCAACUAAGAUACUUGUUGCUGGAAGUCAUGCUGAUAAUCUUGGUUACCAAUGUGGUGGAUGGACAAUUGAAUGGCAAGGACUUAGUGGCAACAACCUCACUCAAGGGACAACAAUCCUCACAGCCAUAAAGAACACAGUUGAUCCAAAAACAGAGUUGGUGUACCAAGAAAACCCUAAUACCAACUAUGUAAAGUCCAACAAAUUCUCGUAUGCCAUCGUCGUAGUGGGCGAACGCCCCUACGCCGAGACAUUUGGUGACAGCCUAAACUUGACAAUAGCCGAGCCAGGCUAUAGCACCAUAACAAAUGUAUGUGGGGCCGUCAAGUGUGUUGUUGUAGUCGUCUCAGGAAGGCCCGUUGUGAUCGAGCCAUAUGUGUCCCAGAUGGAUGCACUCGUUGCUGCUUGGUUACCAGGAACAGAAGGUCAAGGUGUUGCCGAUGUUCUCUUUGGUGAUUACGGUUUCACCGGAAAGAGCCCUCGAACUUGGUUCAAAACUGUUGAUCAACUCCCUAUGAAUGUUGGUGAUCCACAUUAUGAUCCAUUGUUUCCAUUUGGAUUUGGUCUUACCACCGAACCAGGCAAGGUUUACUAGUGUUAUUGAUCGGGAUCAAAACAUGAAAUCGGAAGAUUAGGAUUUGAAGUAAAAACGCGCAAACGAUCAACAUCAAAGUCAUUGAGAUUCACCCAAUGUGCUACAUCCUGUUUAGAUUUAAUCUGUUUUACAAAUUGUUUUAAAGCUCUUUCUUUCAAGAAUCGAGUUUUCUUUAAGUCGGAGACAAAAAUAUUUCUUUUUCAUAAAAGCUUAUGAAUUCGAUUCUCAUCUAAACCUUCCUUUUCCUCAGCAUACUCUAAAAUAAAAAAUAAAAAAUAAAAAAACCUUUCUUUCAAAUCAUAAUUGGUCCCAAUUUCUUUAGCACUA